GUAUAUUCAUUGUCUAUGCCUGUAAAUGCCAUAUUGUUCGAAUGAAAAAGUAAAUAUAAAUAAAGUUAAACAAUAAAAAUUAUUGAAUUAUAUUUAGACGAUACAUAAUAGUUUUUGUUAUGAGAAAUGGAUGAAGAUGCACGAACUAUUUGGUGUGGAAAUCUUAGUAGUAAAUGUACUGAAGAUAUUUUACAUGAGCUGUUUUUACAGGCUGGGCCGUUGGAAAAAGUAAAUAUUCCAAAAAAUGCAGAUGGAACAAUAAAAUCAUUUGGAUUUGUUACUUAUAAACACGAAGUUUCCGUUCAAUAUGCCCUAAAACUUUUCGAAGGUACAAUGUUAUAUAAUCGUGUUUUGACUUUAAAAGCCCGUCAAAAUUCGGAUUGGAAAAUUCCGCAGCCAUCGUGGAAAUCAAACAUUCCUGAUCCUAAUUCAAUUUUGCAGUAUGGUCAAUUAUUGAAUAAUCACAUGUUUAACGUUCAACAAAAUUUAAUUCCCAUGCUUAUUCCACCUGGUGCAGGAUUUUAUCCUAGUCAAUUAGAUUCUAAUUUCGGUCCUAAUUUUCAUCAUAGACGUGUCGAACGUAAUCACCCAUAUAAUCGUGAAGAUAAUCAUCAAAGAGCUAGAAACCGUAAUCGUGAUCAUUAUGAUCAUCAUCAAAAAAAUCACAGAGACCAUAAAGAUCAUAAAGAACAUAAAGACCAUAAAGAAUAUAAAGAUCACAAAGAACAUAAAAAUCAUAGAUCACACCACCAUCACAGUCGAAAUAAACGAAAAAAUCGAUAAAGUUAUGAUUCAACUGUUUGGAAAAAUUAAAAAAAAUUUAUUUUUCUAAUUACCAUUUCGGUCCAUUAAUAAUAGUCAUUUGGCACCAUUUUACAUACAUUUUUGUGACUUGAAUCUGGUAGAAACAUUUCGGUUAUACUAUUCUUACAAGAUUUUCCGAAAUACAAUAAUUUAUUGUUUUUGCGUACUCUUGAAUUAAUGAUUGAACUUGCUGCUUUAUUUGCAAGCAUAAUAACUGCUGCGUUUAUAUUUCCACUUGGUAAUUUAGGCAUCACAGAAGCAUCAAUAACGUAUAGUUUUUUGGUUGAUAAAACUCUGGAAUAAAAAAUUGACUUAAUUUUCGUAUUGUAUAGAAAAUAAUAUUGCCAUGUAAAUGUGUGAAAAUGAAAAAUAUGUACAUAGUGAAUUAUCUUUUUUAAUUACAUAAAAUUUAUGUAAAAAAUAAUACCUGAAUGAAUCAUCCACAACACUUCUCAUCUUACAAGUACCGACUGGAUGAUACGACGUCAAUGUUAUAUGACGUAUGUAACAUUCCCAAUAUUCAGAACUACCAAAAAUAUUACUUUCGCAGCCUGGCAAAGAUUUAUUGUAUAAAGAAGCUCCUAAAGCCUUCAUGGCGUUAGUAUUUAUCAAUUUUUUAAUAAAUUUUGUACCUAACAUGUAUUAUAAACGAUUAUUGUUCGACUAUUUUAUGAAAUUAACAUGAAAUAAAUAUUUUGA